AUUAAUUAUUGGAGUAACUUGUGAAACAAGCUUAUGUGAAACUAUGGCACCAUAAAAUAUCUGUUUAAUAGUUAGCCCCAAACCACAUUGGAAUUACCUUGAAACUUCAAAAGUUCAUUACCAAGAAUUAUUGAAAAAUCACCAGUAUAAUUUCAUUGUGAAGAACAUAGGUUGAACUCUGCAUCUCCACUCCAGAAAUCCUGGCGAACAAUCUUUGUUAGGAACAACAUUGAUGUAAGCACAGUCAUUAACCUUCAGGUAGAUUGUACAUAGAUAGCUGUGUUAUUGCUGCACUUCUGAGUAGUAACUUCUCAUUAUGUAUUCCAAAAGGAAAAGCACUAUCAAUAGGUCCAUAACAAGGAGGAGUGCUGGAGAAGUGAGGUGAGUCUUCAGCUGACCUUAAGAGAGAACUGAGCUUUUCUUAGCAUUCCUGAAUUCCUGCCACUCAGCCCUGCAUCAGGUGGCACUUCCCAAAAGGGUCGCUUACCUGAGCUUAGCUGUGUCAGCGAGUCAGAGCACAGUGGUCAGUCCUGCAGGUGGGUGUUAGUCCUGGUAGAAACUGAAAUAUGUACCUAUUUACUGGGUUAUUAACUGUUUAUCAGUAACAGGCUUGUUGCCAACAGUUCAAUAAUUGCUUUAUCAAACUAGGAGUCUUUAAAAGAAAAUAAAGCCUUUUAAUAGCAUCACUAUAUAUAUAUAUAUAUAUUUUAGUGCUCUUAGAUAGAAGGCUUACAUUCCAUUAGCACAAAUAACUGUUUUAAAUCUUCCCAAUACCUCUGCGGGGAACUAAAUUAUUGCUAAUUCCUGGUCAGAUAACAGUUAUCUUGCCUGUGAUGUAGGUCCCCCAAAAAUGUAUUUGCUUUUUUCUUGCUUGGGAGCCCCAGACUGCCAGAGGAAGGUGUUUUGAAGGGGCUGCUGAAGGAAGAAAUGCCGUUAGUCCAGUUCCGGGAAGCAAUAAGCACCUUCAUGAAAAUAACUCAAGUCCCCAUCCUUAAUCCCUGCCUAUCCUUUUUUAUCUGAUGGACUCAGCGAGGGCUGGAAGAUCACAGUGUGGCUGAAAACAAAAGGGAGUUAAGAUGCGAGCGGCCGAUGGAUAAAACAAUAGGCGAAGCCCUCCACGCUGCCUAGAGCCAGGUGCGCUCCAUGCCCAGGUCGCCAUGUGGGUGGCGGUGACUCUGCUGUGCUGCUCGGCGCUGGCGGGGCUGCCCCGGGCGGGCGGCUCCUGCCCCUCGCAGUGCAGCUGCGCCUUCCACAGCCUCAGCGAGGGGACCAAGGCCAGGACAGUGCUGUGCAAUGACCCAGAGAUGACCCUCCCUCCUGUGAACAUCCCUGUUGAUACAACCAAGCUUCGGAUAGAAAAGACAGCCAUCCGCAGGGUGCCAGGAGAGGCUUUCCACCUGCUUCACAACCUGGAGUACCUCUGGAUGCCCUAUAACUCCCUGGCCAGCCUCAGCAGCAUCACCUUCAAGGGCCUUCGUCGUCUGCAGGAGCUGAGGCUGGAUGGGAACAACUUAAUCUCAUUCCCCUGGGAGAGCCUGGCUGGCAUGCCACAGCUGAGGCUUCUGGAUUUACACAACAACGAACUCACCUCAGUCCCUCCAGAUGCUGCUCGUUAUGUCAAGAAUAUCACAUACCUGGAUCUGUCUAGCAAUAAGCUGAUGACUCUUCCUCAGGCUCUCAUUGCCACCUGGGCCAACCUCCAGGCUGUUCCCUACUUCCCCAAUGACAACUCCAAGAUCAUCCUAGGCUUGCAAGACAAUCCUUGGGUGUGUGACUGCAGUCUGUACGAAAUGGUGCAUUUCCUAAAUUUCCAGUCUCCUAACAUAGCCUUCAUUGAGCCCAGGCUGAAAUGCUUCACCCCCCGGAGCCUUGCAGGAGUCUUCUUCAGCCAGGUGGAGCUGAGGAAGUGUCAGAGCCCCGUGGUGCACACAUCUGUGGCCAAGGUGAAGACUAUCCUGGGCAGCACGGUGCUGCUGCGGUGUGGCACCACGGGCGUGCCCAUCCCCGAGCUCAGCUGGAGGAGAGCUGAUGGGGCUCAGCUGAAUGGCACAGUUCACCAAGAGAUUUCCAGUGAUGGGAUGAGCUGGUCUAUCCUGGGCCUGCCUGUAGUCUCUUACCUUGAUUCCGGAGAGUACAUCUGUAAAGCAAAGAAUUUCCUGGGGGCAACAGAGGCGUUCAUCUCGCUCAUCAUCACAGACUCAGAAAGCACAGAUGACCCUAACUCUAGUGCCAAAGGCACAUGGAAUGGCAAGGCCAGCGGGAUGGAGGCAGCGGCCUACAAUGACAAACUGGUGGCAAGGUAUGUUAUCACCACCUCCACCGUGCCCACCCUGGGGGCUGGGGCGGGCACCGGAGACAACGUCCUCCUCCCAGACAUGGCACAAGACAGCAACCCCCAGAACCUGCUGGUGAGCCCCACCACGGGCCAGCAGGAGCCAGAGAGGAUGGUGAGGUCUGUCAGGGUCAUAGGGGACACCGACCAGAGCAUCACGCUGGCCUGGAAGGCGCCCAUGGCAAAGAACACCACAGUGUUCAGUGUCCUUUAUGCUGUCUUUGGGGAGAGGGACAUGCGGCGGAUCAAUGUGGAGCCAGGGAAGACCAAGGUCACUCUUUAUGGGCUGCUGCCAAAGACCAAAUACAUCGUGUGUGUCUGUGUGAAAGGGCUGAUCCCCAGGAAGGAGCAGUGCAUCAUAUUUUCCACAGAUGAGGUUGUCAGUGCAGGAGGGACUCAGAAGCUCAUCAAUGUGGUUGUCAUCAGCGUGGCCUGUGUCAUUGCUGUUCCUCUGACUCUGGUGGUCUGCUGUGGAGCACUGAAACGGCGCUGCAAAAAAUGCUUUGUGCGGAAGCCCAAGGACGUGCAGGAAUCGUACGUCACCUUUGAAAGCCUGUCUCCCGGGGCCAAGGCGAAAGGCGUGGAAGGAGAGUACUUGACCAGGCACACCCCUGACGAGUCCAACAGGCUGCUGUCCGCCCGCUCCAGCGUGGACUCGGAAGCCAUACCAAAGAUAGAGGGACAGCCUAAUGAAUACUUCUGCUGA